GAUUACGUCUAAUAUUGGCUCUCUGCAAAAUCUUUAUUUUUUUUAUUUUUACACUCAUAUAUUUUGGUUUGGGUUCCAUUUUAGAAGAGACUAAUUAUUUAACGCCCUCUGAAGUUGGAUUUUUCAUCGGUCUAUUUUCGUGUGACGACAUUUCCCUACCAACGCAGUAAAUAGCUUUAUGUAACAACACUUUCGCUGUUGUGUUUCGCGCGGUUUUUUUGUGUACAAUGGGUAAACGUAGCUGCCCUUUUUUUGAACCUCCCAUCCAAAAGAAAAUACAUGUUGGUGUGAAAGAAGUGAAUAAUGGUGUUUCUGGGAACAUGGAAGGAGUUUAUGAAAGAACAAAAAUGAUUCUCUUUGCUGGAGCCUUAUUGAGCAACCAAGACAAGAACAGCAACUUGGUAAAAUCUCCUCCCAAUGCAUGUGAAAACGACACACUGGAUUCUGAAGAAGACACAUAUCAACCAAAAAUUCUACGAGGGCAAUGUCAAAUUGAUUUCUCAGGGAAACUGAUUCCUUACAGAAAAGCAAAUUGGGGUCAGAGUGUUUCCCAGUAGCAUAAAACAUGCAUAAUUUAACUGUGAUCUGUGUAAAAAAAAAGAAAAAAAUUAAAUACAAAAAAGCUUCAUUUCCACUAAGGGUCACUUUUAAUAGUUUUUGCCAUAGGAUAAUUGAUAUACAUGAUGCAAGUGAUAAUAUGUGACAUUACCAUAUCUAGUUCAGCAAACUUCAUCUCUUGUUUUAUCUAUUCUCCAUUCAAUGAUAAAAUCAAUAUUUAUAAUUUAAUGAUUAUUUUUUUUUCAAUCUAUAAUUUGCCUUUUAUUUAAUAUUCUUUUCCUUUGCAUAGAAAACGUGCCAAAUGCUCAGACUCCAGCUAAGAGAAGCAUUUUUGCUCUCUCUGGAGAAAGAAUAUAAGACUUGGCAAUCAUUUAAAGUGGGAGGGCGUGACUGAUUAAAACAAAAAGCAGAAGGGUCUUACUACAAAAGAGAAUAGGAAGUGGAUGCGACAAUAAAGUUAACCAUUCCUCAUCUAAUGACGUAUACUAAAAAUCUUUUUUACUCAUAAUUUAGAAGAGGAAAAAAAUAUACAUUAGAAUUUAUAAUGUAGAUUGGUUAAACUUUUCAUCUAUUGAUGAUUUUAAACUUUUUUUUUUUAGUUAUUGUGCUUAAGUUAAAGUUGAAAGACUAAUGGAAUAAAGAGGUAUGGUAGUCAAAAAUGAUUAGGUAAAUUUCUGUUCUUAACUAUGGGUGUGUCAUUUAAUUAACAUGCUGUUGGGAAAAAUCAUCUCACUAUAACAGUUUCAUUUCUAAACCCUAAAAAAAAAAGUCAUUCUUCAUUCAUAUGUAAAUAAACUAUCAUUGUAGUGUGAUGGUUCCCAACUCUUCAACUUGUUUCAAUUUCAACUUGAAACAAUUUCAUUUACAUUUUUAAUCAUUCAUCCUUAGUGAAGACAUAUCAUGUUGACUCUUUCAAGGCCUUAUGCCUUUGUAAUAUAUUGUAUAAGAACUGGUCAUUAUUUUUUUGUUUGUUUGUUUUUUUAUGUGUACUACAAGCAUUUUAUUGCAAAUUUGAGAAUAACAAGUUUUUAACAACCAUAUGUUUUGUUUCUUUUUUUCAAAACCAAUUGUUAAAAUGUAAUUAUAAAAAUCUUUUUAAUUAAUAAACUAUUGUUUUUAUCUCA